AUGGCCGCAGGAGUUGCAUACCAUUUGUGCUUCUUGCUAUUAGUCACCCAAGUAAAAGGUUCAAAUUUUGAUGUGAAAGCCUAUGGAGCGAAGGCUAAUGGCAUGACAGAUGAUACCAAGGCUAUAAAUAGCGCUUGGAAAGAUGCAUGUGCUGCCAAAGAAGCCAGCACGGUGGUGAUAGCAAAAGGGAACUACAUGGUCGGUCCACUGAAAUUCGAAGGACCUUGCACAGCCCCUGUAACGGUGAAGGUUCAAGGAACUCUCAAGGCUACGGCAGACCCCAAGCGACUGCGUGAUGAUUGGGUCGCUUUCCGGAAUGUCGAAGGAUUAACUGUCUCAGGCGGUGGAAUAUUCGAUGGUCAAGGAGCAAUUGCUUGGUCCGUAAAUAAUUGUGCGAAAACUGGAAAAUGCAAUUCCUUGCUCACAAAUUUACAAUUCACAAAGCUGACCAACUCAAAAAUAGAAGGGAUAACGUCCCUGAACAGCAAGCUGUUUCACAUGAACAUUUUGAACUGCAAUAAUGUGACCUUCCAAAACAUUGUGAUCAACGCACCCAAAAACAGCCUCAACACUGAUGGGAUUCAUAUCGGUCGAUCAACUAUGGUCAAUAUUACGGGCGCAACCAUAAAAACUGGGGAUGAUUGUGUCUCGCUUGGCGAUGGCUGCCAACAAAUAAACGUUGAGAAAGUAACCUGCGGACCAGGCCAUGGCAUUAGUAUAGGAAGCCUUGGCAGAUACCAUGAUGAACAACCAGUACAUGGAGUUACAGUGAGGAAUUGCACCCUCCAAAACACUGAAAAUGGUGUUAGGAUUAAAACAUGGCCAGCUUCCCCCAGUGGCGUAGCUUCAAAUGUUAAUUUUGAGGAUAUUAUCAUGAAAAAUGUUAGCAACCCUAUUCUUAUUGACCAAGAAUACUGCCCUUAUAAUAACUGCCUGGCAAAGGUUCCCUCGCGUGUUAAGAUCUCCGAUGUUAGAUUCGAAGGCAUACGGGGCACCUCUGCAACUCAAGUGGCAGUGAAAAUUGUUUGUAGCAGAGGCCUGCCAUGCCAAAAUGUUUCUGUUGAGGAUAUCAACUUGGUAUACAAUGGAAAAGAAGGGAGCUCAACAUCUCUAUGCGCAAACGUGAAGCCCCAAGUCUCCGGGAAAGUAUUUCCAGCCACCUGUACUCCGUCUGCUUAACCUUCUUCUAGCUAGCUGCUAUUCACUUCUUAUGUAUAAUUGUAAAUCCUACCUCCUGGCACCCCCUCAUGCUAGCUUGCAUGCAUGAAUGGCCUCUUUUUUCGACCUAUACUGUAUAAAUUGUUUUUGGAUAAGUAGAAUUACGCCAUUUUGGCUAUGGCA